CUCCCGUGCGAGCAUCUCCCCGGGGGCCACUUCGCCCCUUCACGUCCUGCAGAAAUGCCCACACCGCGGCAGCAGCCGCGCACUUAGUCACUCGGGUUGCCGGUGCAGUCACUCCCAGGCCGUAGCCCACAUUCCUGACACCCCGAGAAUGCGUCCCUGCGCCCUGGCUGCCCACCUCACACCUCCGGCCCCAGCCCCAGCCCCUUUUUGCAGAGAGUAAGUCAGCACUCCCUGCCCCCAUCUCUCCCGCUGUCACCGGAUCCACCCCCUGUUCUCCUCGGCCCUUGUCCUGUCAGAUCACCUGGCCCUGCCUGCCCUGUGUGUCCUGCGGGUCACACCCUCUCCCCGCGGAGAUGCUGAGCCAUCUUUUAACCAUGCAAAUCUGGAAUUGUCAGUCCCUACUUUACACCCUUGGGUGGCUUCCUGUGCCCUCGGGCUAACUCAGGCCCUCUUAGCUGCAGCUCCACCAGAAGGCGCGCUUGCUGUCCUUGCUCCAGUCCCUGGACCAUGCCAGUGUCCCCUCUUCACAGGGACCUGCCUUGGUCCCCAGUUGCACCCAUCCUGCCCCCCUCCUGUAACUCCAACUUGAGAGAUAUUGGUUGUAGGUCUUUUCCCUGGCGCCCGAAGUGUCUGCCAAUGGUGCAUGGCAAUUUUUUUUUGGAAGCUUAGCAAGAAUUUGAUGAAUGAAUGAAUGAAUGAAUGAAUGAAUGAAUGAAUGAAUGAAAGUACUGGCUUAAGGCAGAGGAAGCAGCAACUAUGUCAGGUGCGGUUUUUCUCCCUGGGUAGAAGAACCAAGUAUUUCGUGUAGCCAGCAAACAUUUGGCAUUUACCCAGUGCAGGGCCCUAGAGGCUGAAUCGAAAGAGCUGUCCCCUCCCCCCUGAUCACUUUCUGAGGCACCGGUGGGGGAGGGGCGCGUCAGUGCUUCCUGUCUGCCGGCUCUUGAGCAGCCCUGCACUUUGUUUCCGUGAGGUCCACCACGGCUCAGGAGGCCAUCUGUCCUCAGCUCCUAGAGCCCCCUUCCGUCCUACCAUGGCUGGGCUGCUGAAGAGGAAGUUUGACCAGCUGGAGGAGGGCUUCUUCAGCUCAUCCUCAUCCUCAUCCUCAUCCUCUGGCAGUCUCUCUCUCUCCUCCUCCCCCGGGUCUUCUGUCUUCCCUGCCUGGAACUCGGAUGAGGAGGGACCAGUUAGUCAGGCACCCCAGCCUGACCAGGACUUCUGCAGCCUCCAAAGUUUCACUCCCCCGUCCAUCCUGAAGCGGGCUCCAAGGGAGCGUCCAGGUCACGUGACCUUUGACAGCGUCACUGUCUACUAUUUCCCAAGGUGCCAGGGUUUCACCAGUGUGCCCAGCCGUGGUGGCUGCACCCUGGGCAUGGCUCCCUGCCACAGCAGCUGCCGGCUUUUCUCCUUAGCUGAGUUUACACAGGAGCAGAUCCGGGCUCGGCGGGAGAAGCUCUGUCAGCGCCUGAAGGAGGAGAAACUGGAGAUGCUGAGGUGGAAGCUUUCCGAGGCUGGAGUUCCAGAGACAGGGACAGGCUUGCCCCUCACGGUGGACACCAUCGAUGAUGCCUCCGUAGAGGACGACUUGGCAGUGGCUAUAGCGGGUGGCCGCUUGGAGGAUGGGAAUUUCCUGCAGCCCCAUCCGCCUCGGCAGCGUCGGGCCCUGCUUCGUGCUUCGGGUGUCCGGAGGAUCGACCGGGAGGAGAAGCGAGAGCUGCAGGCGCUGCGCCAGUCUCGGGAGGACUGUGGCUGUCAUUGUGAUGGAGUCUGUGACCCCGUGACCUGCAGUUGCAGCCUGGCUGGUAUCAAGUGCCAGAUGGAUCACACGUCAUUCCCUUGUGGCUGCUGCAGCUCGGGCUGUGAGAACCCCAAUGGCCGUGUGGAAUUCAACCAGGCAAGAGUUCAGACACACUUCAUCCACACCCUCACCCGCCUGCAGAUGGAGCAGGGCACCGAGAGCCUGGGGGGCCUGGAGUCUCCUGUCCAGGACGGUCCCAUCGAACAAACCCUGGUUUCACCUUUUCCGCUGGCCACCCCCCCUGUGAGCAGUGAGCUGAGUGACAAUAGCUGCAGCAGUGAUAUGACAGACUCCUCCACCUCCUCGUCCUCCGGCAACAGUGAGCCUCCAGACCGCCUUACCCACCCCAGCCCGCCAGCACCCAGCUUCCAGUCUGGCGUGGAUGAAGACAGCCUGGCACAGAUCCUGAAUUUCAGCGACUCUGACCUCGGUGUGGAGGAGGAAGAGGAGGAGGAAAGGGGUGUGGGCAACUUGGAUAACCUCAGCUGUUUCCAUCUGGCUGACAUCUUUGGUACCGGUGAUCCCAGCAGCCUGACCAGCUGGACUCAAGGCCAAUCUUGCUCUAGCCUCUCAUCGGGCAUCCUCGAUGAGAAUGCCAACCUGGACGCCAGCUGCUUCUUAAAUGGCCGACUCGAAGGGCUGAGAGGAGGUAGCCUCCCUGGCAGUUCCGGGUCCCCUGGGGCAGAGGCCGUGCAGAGUGGCUCUGUGGACCUCAGCUUAUCCUCCUGUGACUCCUUUGAGUUCCUCCAGGCUCUGCCGGAUUACAGUCUGGGUCCUCACUAUACUUCCUGCAGGGUGUCUGGCAGCCUGGACAGCCAUGAGGCCCUCCACCCUUUGCCCAGCUUCUCUCCACCAAGGGAUACCAGCGCUUGCUUCCUGGAGUCUCUCGUGGGCCUGUCAGAGCCAGUUACCGAUGUCCUGGCACCCCUUCUGGAGAGCCAGUUUGAGGACGCUGCCUUGGCACCUUUGAUGGAGCCCAUGCCAGUGUAAGGACUGAGUGCCAUUUCCCUGCCCCCAGAGCCCCGUUGCUGCUUUUUAUGUGAUUUGGGGUUUUCCCCCGAGGUCUAUGUAUGUAACGGUCUCCCAUGGGCUGGUCCUGGCCAUGGGUGCUAAGUGCACCCUCUUAUUUUUACAUUAACACUCUGAAUUUAUUUAUUUUUUUAUUAUUUUUUUUUUAAUUUUUUAUUCUGUACUAAAGAGAGGGUGGGGAGGGGUAUCCCUCGGGGAGGGGUAUCCCUCUUUCCAUGCCUGGUCUCUAUAUACAAACAAGAGGUCUUCCACCUCCCCGUGUGUGCCGGAAGGAGGAAGAGAGGAAGAACUCUCCUGGAGUCUCACAGAUCCUCUUUCCAUUGAAAAAACAAAAACAAAAACAAAAACAACCUCCUUGGUCCAAAGACAUCGAUAGGGCUGAAAACAGGGGUUUCUGGCUUCCUGGGAGCCAUGGGGGCUAGAUCUUCUGGACUGUGAAGAUGUAAUUUAUUUCUGUAAUUUAUUUGGGGACUGCGGCAUCAGUGGUUGAGCCUCUCUGGCAGGUGGGCAGUGUUGGGGCACAGUCUCUUCAGUAUACCCUGCCUGUCUGGGCUUUGGUGUGGACCCUGUGGGUUUGAGCUUGUGAUCAGUCAGCUGCCUGGCUCACCAGCCUUGACCAAAAACCCCUUUUGCCCCUGCCUGGUCACUCUACUUGUCAUCUGUGCCCGCUUCCCUUUCCCCUAAGGAGGGUUAUAGAGCCCCUCCUUAGGAUGGGAAGCCAGAGUCCCCAAGAAGGGCAGUGGGCCUGCCUCAGGAUAGGAAGCGCACCCCAGAUCACUGUCUCAGGGCUUUGUGGGCGCUGAACUCCAUCUGAGCCCACCGUGUGCCCCUAGGCCAGUUGGCAAGGGGUGGCUCUUGAGGGCUUUUAUACCCUUCAUUAGCUGACGUUGGAUUUUGUAUGCAUUUUUAUAUUGUCUCUAAGUGUCAGAACUAUAAUUUAUUCAUUUCUUUGUGUGUGUGUGUGUGUGUGUGCCAAGAAACAGGCUCUGGGCCUGCCUCCUUGCCCGGGAGGCCUUGCCAGCCUGUGUGCUUGUGGGAACACAUUGUACCUGAGCUGACAGGUACCAAUAAAGACGCUCUAUUUUUAA